AUGGCUCUCGAUCUGUGGACGCACCAGUUCUGCCUGGCCUGUGACAAGCAGGUGCAGAGCGACGGCGCCGCCUACUGCUCCGAGUCGUGCAGGCUAGCCGACCACGAGUGGACGUCGACGACGCCCAGCUCCCAGGCCAGCUCGCCCGGCAUGACGCCCCCCUGCAACGGCUACCCUUGGUCCACGUCGACCAUGGCCCUGACGGCCUCGACGCUACCAUCCACCCGCAACAGCUUCCAACUGCCACCGCCCAUUGACUUUGGCAGCCACAGCAGAGGGAAGCCGACGCAUAGCUACCCGAGCCGCGUGGGCCUGUACCUGGGCGACUCGUCUGCCCUCGACGCCUCGGCCUCGAACCUCACCCCUUCGAGCUCCCACAGCAGCCUCUGCUCGAUGCAGAGCACCACGUCGUCGGUCGACUCAGCACAGCUGUCCGACAAGUCGAGGCAGGAGCUCAAGGCUUAUGCCAUAUCUUUUGAGCAAGUCCGGAUACAACGAAGGCGGUCAUACUAG